AUGUUCCCCUCCAGCAACAAAGCGCCUUUCUCUUUCUGUGUUGCUAUGCUGGUACUCCUCCACACUACUGUAAACGGAGUGGCUAGUCUCCUGCCUCAAGAGACUGGAGCUCCACCAUACCAUCUUCAAGUUAGAGGUGGGAAGGAACCUCAUUUCCCUGGCCAUUGGGGGCCCCGAGUUCCACCGACGGCUUGA